CAUCCUCCCGACAUGUCUUGUCCUAUGCGAGCUCACGCGUCAGACGUCGACGAUUCAAGCACGACGUCACCGGAACGUUUGCCCAUACCUCAACCUCCGGAGCACCUCUUCGGCCUGCUUGGCAACCUGCCCGACUUAGAUCCUUCAUUCCCUUCCAAGAACAUAUGGAGCAUGCAACAGCUGUACGGUCCUAUCAUGAAGUUGAAACUCGGUAGCGAGCAAGUAAUACUUGGAGACCAACAACACAUCAACGAAAUCUGCGACNUAAAAAGAUUCCACAAGGUCCCUGCUGGUGCCCUGACAGCCAUUCGAGCACUGACAGGAGACGGCCUGUUCACAGCUUAUGAUUCUGAGAUGAACUGGUGGAUAGCUCAUCGCAUGCUUGUUCCAGCGUUUGGUCCAAUUACUCUCCGCUCAAUGUUCGAUGAUAUGUUGGAUAUCUCGUCUCAAAUGGUUCUGAAGUGGGAUCGACUAGGACCGGAACAUGAGAUCGAUUGCGCCGAUGACUUGACACGUCUUGCUUUCGACACUAUUGGGCUUUGUGCCUUCUCGUACAGGUUCAACGAGUUUUACAUGGAUCACGCUCAUCCUUUUGCUCAACAAAUGGCCGAUGUCUUGACCGAGAGUGGUAGGCGUGUCAGCCGUCCUGGGUUCAUCAACGACUAUGUCUACCGCAACAGCGAACAGAAACGACAAGAGAACGUCAAGAAAAUGCAUGACCUCUGUGACCAGAUUGUAGCAGAUCGGAAAAAGAAUCCGCAACCUCAGAACAAGGACUUAUUGAACACCAUGCUGAACAGUAUCGACAAAGAGACCGGAGAGGGACUGUCGGAUGAGAAUAUCAGAUAUCAAAUGGCGACUUUCCUGGUCGCUGGACACGAAACUACCAGCUCGACCUUGUCCUUCACCUACUACAACUUGCUGAAGAAUCCCGAUACAAUCCUCAAAGCACAGCGACAAGUCGACGAGGUGGUAGGAGACAACGUACUGGAACUCCAGCAUUUGCCGAAGCUCACAUAUAUCGACGCCUGCAUCAAGGAGAGUCUUCGUCUUAGUUCGCCCAUCACUCGCUGGGGUGUUUGUCCACGCAAAGACACCACCUUGCAAGGUAAAUACGAAGUGAAGAAAGACGUCCAGCUUGUGAGCAAUUUGAAAGCUCUUCAUCACGAUCCUGCUGUCUGGGGCGAUGACCAUGAUGACUUCAAGCCAGAAAGAAUGCUUAGGUCAAAUUUCGAGAAGUUGCCUCCCAAUAGCUGGAAACCCUUCGGCAACGGGAUGAGAUCGUGUAUUGGCAGAGGCUUUGCUGAGCAAGAAAUGAUUAUUAACAUCGCGCUUGUGCUUCAGCGCUUCCAGCUACAGUUGGCAGAUCCAACAUACGAGCUCGAACUGAAGUCAACUUUGACAAUCAAGCCGUGGAACUUCAAGAUGAAGGCUCGCUGUCGACCAGGAAAAACACUCAUGGUUGGCAUUCCAGGAGGGGUACCUACCAGUGUCGCAAAGACACACGAACAGCAGCAUGACCAUGUACAAGCUCAGGACAAGUCUUCUGAGACGCCCGUGUCGAUCUUUUUCGGAGGCAACACCGGAACAUGCGAAGCUCUCGCCGAAGAUCUGAGAACAAAGUUGACUGAUCAUGGCUUAAGUGCUUCGAUUGGGAGCCUUGACACCAUGACUGAGCAUAUUCCGGAUCAGCCUGUUGUGAUCAUUGCCUCUUCGUACGAAGGCCAACCUGCCGAUAACUCAAAGCAAUUUGUGGCGUGGCUGGAAGAUAUUGAUAACAAAAAUGCCUCUAUCUUAAGCGGAGCCAAAUAUGCAGUGUAUGGUGUGGGGAGCUCAGACUGGGCGAGCACUUUCCACCGGAUCCCAAAACUCGUUAACGACCUGAUGGAAAAAGCUGGAGCUACAAAAAUUGUCGAUCUCGGACUCUCCGAUGUCAAAGCUGAUCUAUUCGGCCCAUGGGAAGACUGGGUAGAUCAGCUUGUAGAUGCACUGGUAAAGUCAAUUGGUGCUUGUCCCGUUGCUAAGCCUGUCACCGAGGUCAUGAUUCGCGAAUCCAAAUUGACCUCAUUGCUUGGCGGCAAAGACAUGAAUGUCGGAACUGUCGUCGCGAAUAACCAGCUUGCAGGCACUGAAGUAGGACCUGCGAAACGUCAUAUGGAUAUUCGCCUGCCGGAUGGUAUGAGCUACACUGCGGGCGACUACCUUGUAGUGCAGCCGCGCAAUCCAGAUGAAACAGUUCGUAGGGUCCUGGCAUACUUUGGUCUGCGAGAGAACGACAUCUUGGAAGUCAAAGGAUCAUCCAAGCUCUUCUUACCUACAGAGCCCACUCCGAUGGAUGAGUUCCUUUCCGGCGCUGUCGAACUCAGUCAGCCCAUCACGAAGCGCCAAAUAGAGAGCAUCCUGUCGCAUGCGACUCCCGAACAGCAGGAAGAGUACAAAGGAUUGCUCGAAGACGCUUCCUACCAGCAUUUCCUUGAGAAACGCUACAGCAUCCUCGAUAUUCUUGAAGAGACCUCAAUCGCCCUCCCUUUCAGUGCAUACGUCGACAUGCUUCCAGCUUUGACGCCUCGCCAAUAUUCCAUUGCCUCAUCUUCUCUGCACCCAGCAAACAACCCUCAGCACAGGCCACACGCAGAUAUCGUGUCUCUGUGCUUCGAUGUACAUACUUCACCAGCUCUCUCAGGCCACGGUUCUUUCUUCGGUGUCACAUCCACCUAUCUCGCUUCUCGCCGCAUCGGUGACCGUAUCUCAUGCUUUGUGCGUCCCACCAACGUUGGCUUCCGACUUCCGGGCAAUGUCGAGACACCCAUCAUCAUGUUUGCAGCCGGCACAGGGAUCGCACCUAUGCGAGCUUUCCUGCAGGAAAGAGCCGCCAUAGCUGUAGCCGGUGCGCGAAAACUCGGCCCGGCGAUCUUAUUCUUCGGCUGCCGCCAUCCGGAGAAAGACUUCAUGUAUCGUGACCAGUUAAUCGAGUGGGAGAGACAAGGCGUCGUCAAAGUCGUGUCAGCGUUCAGUAAGGGCAAUUCUGGUCCACGGUAUGUACAAGACGCUAUCUGGGAGCAUCGCGAGGAGGUAGCGAAGAUGUUUAUGGAUGGUGGAAAGAUAUAUCUGUGCGGAAGUGCCGCGAGAUUAGGCAAGAGUGCCGCUGAAGUUUGCAAGAGGGUAUGGUGCGAGAAGAAUGGAAAGUCGAUGGAUGAGGCGGAGGCAUGGCUCCAGAGUGUCAAGACUGACCGAUACAUCAGCGAUGUAUACUGA